AGAAAGAACUAGCAAAGAGGCAAACCAAUGAAGGUCCGGCGAUCGUGAGAGGAAGGAGACUGCCGACCUGAUGUUCCAACGAGUGUGAGACAAAUAUCGACAAGUGGGCUACAGAGAUAGACGUUAUCAAGGCCGUUUCUGGCAACCGUGGCCGGUUCUACUGCUGUUAUUUUGUUGCAAUAUUUCAGUGAUGCAAUCACAGGGCAGCACUUCCUCCCAGCCCUCUGUUGAUUCGCUGAGCUCCAGUGACAGCUACCUGUUCAACCACUCUGAGCAGGCGGAGGAUGACACUGACGUCUUCCUGUCUGAACGCUCCCCCGCCGUCAUCCUCGGCACUGGGGGCAUGGUCAGGGGCAACGGGAGUGCCGGGGCAGAGAGUCCCGAGUCCCAGUGGGCGUGUGACGGCUUCACUGACCGCGAGGAGGAGGAGUCACGGGGUUCAGAGGUUACUGUAGGUCAACCCAGGGUCACAGCUGAGAGACAGAGAACAAGCGAGACGGAAAGAGAGAAGACAGAGGGAGACCUGCUCUUUGCCCAGAAGUGUGCUGAGCUGCAGGGGUUUGUAAGGCCCUUACUGGAGCUGCUGAAUGGACUGAAGGGGGGACGAUUUGACCGUGGUCUGAGUAGUUUCCAGCAGAGUGCAGCCAUGGACCGCAUCCAGAGGAUCGUAGGGAUCUUACGGAGACCCAACAUCGGGGAAAAGUAUAUGAACACUCUUCUCCAGGUGGAGACGAUGCUGAAGAUGUGGUUUCCACAGGUGUCCCCCUUGGCCCCACCUACCGCCCCUACCCUCUCCCCCCCUCGCCUCUCCCCCCGGGACAGCCCCAGCAGCAACCCCCCACACAGGCACAGAGACCAGUCGCACAUCCCUGUGAAGAAGCGCAGACUGAGUUGGUCAGACACAGACUCUGACACCCCUCCUGUACUCUUUAAGAGGCUCAACACCGGUGGAGGAGAGGAGAGGGGGAAGGAGGGGGGAGACGUCCCCUCUGCAACUUCAGGGGUACCCCCACACCCCCAGGACCCCACCAGCGACCAAGAGAAUGAGAGAAAGGAAGAUGAGGAUAGCAAAGAGAGAGAGGAAGAGUCAUCGAGCAACAAAGCGGGGCUCUGUUCUGAGCCCGGUCCCACCUCGGUCCUUGUAGUGCCCAUCCUUUCCCCCUGGAAAGCAAUGGAGGGGAAACAGCUGCUGCCUGUCAUGCCACCUCCCACCACCAGGGGCAGUCCAGAAAUGCAGGACAGCGUAAUCUCUUCCACCACGCCCUUCAACAACCUCCAAAGCCAGCAGCAGCCAAUCGGGUGCCAAAGCCAGCCUGUUGCCGGGAAGACUGGGAAAAAGACCGUAAAGACCUGUCAGGGGCGGGUCCAGGCUCAUUCAAUCACGGCAAAGCCUUUGAAAAGGGUGGAGUGUAAGAGCAGGGUUAACCCCGCCCCUUUAUAGACCUGAUGCACUGAGCACACUCCGACCAGCAGGCUAGUGUGACUACGUCAACAUGCUAAAGCUGCUGUGAUAGGGAGAGUCAGGGGUAGAAAUGGGCUGCAGUCCAAACACUUUAUUUUUAGCCCCUCAGCCCUUGCACUAGCCACUUUCCCUUGGGGGAAUCCCCUUUGAAACCGGAUGCAGUUUGAUUGCCAUCUUAAGUGGACGUCCAAUUCACUAACGUUGCCCCCUCGGCCCUCGAUUUAGCUCGAGGGAGCGAGUGAAGAACUUUGAUCACUUGCGGGGUUUAUAUGACCCACAAUUCAAUGCAAAUUGUAGUCAGGUAUCAUACUCCGGUGGCCGCGAAUGUUACUUUCACUCACCAUUCACUCACAAAUGUUUUGCAAUAAAUGACCAAACUAUAAAACUAGCUAGCCAGCUAUGGAUAACUGUAGCUAGCUAGCUACGUUAGCUUGCUAGAUACAUGAAUAGCUUUAGGUUGGUUGUUUUUAAGCUCAACGUCAAGAUUUCCACUAAGGACGUUGCCUCUCCGAUCAUCACUCUCUAAUUUGAAUUUGGACUGCAGCCAUGGUUUUAGGUGCUGAUGUGUUUCCUUAAUGAUGGAUCGUUUGCAACUACCUAAACGCAAUUAGGACCAUUAAUGAAAAUGAUAUCUGAGAGACUACAGUUAUUACUACAUGAGGACAGAAUGUGUCCUUGUGAAUCAUAAUCACAGUUCCAUAACAAUCAGAUUUUUUUGCACAAAUAGUAGUUGUAGAUUGGGAAGGUUGGUAAGCACGUCUUAAAGCCCAUCGCUUGUUUAUAGAAUAUUGGAUCUCUGAUUGACCGAAUGGUAUACUCUCUUACUCCACUUAAGAAAAGGUAAAUGCCACUAUGCAAACUUAAUGGAAACGCUGUUGGCUUAGGGAUAUUUGGGUUUCAGGUGGUUGGAGGCAAGGAGGUGAGAGGUGACGAGGAGAGGAUGGUUAGGAGGACAGGUGGGAUAAGAUUUGGGGAUUAAGGAUAGUUAUAUUCCUGGAAUGAUAUUCCUGGAAUCUCCUCAGAGAUGAUGCUUCCAGUGAAUAACAGCAGACAGACAGUUCAAUAGACCGAGGCAUUACGGAUAGAAGUGAGGAAUAAUCCAACUAGCCAGAUGCCAUUAGACUACUGAAUGACCUCUAGAGCUGAAUAACAUCUAAGAGGACGUGGCAGGGACCUCUACUGAAGUCUAAAGAGGUUUAGAAUCGAUUCAAUGUCAAUCCACCAACAUGACACAAUCUGUUUGUGAAGACGGAUGCAAGGUAUUUUGGGUGAAGAUCGAUUAUGACUGUGAAACGAAUGAAACACAACUGUGUUUUAUUCUGUGUGGAGAAAUGUGAAGCGGGUUCUCCGUUAAACAGUAAAUCAAAAUUCAAUGGCCUAACCGGUAGGAGAUAGAAUACCAGACAGACCUCAGAUCAGCUUCUAGGGACAACUUAAUCCUUUAAAUGGCUCAGUGAGAGACUCUAAAGACCACCCUGAGAGAAGAGUCCACUCACAGACAGACAGAGACAGACAUAAAUCCUGUUUAUUUAUUCACAUGUUGACUUGACAACGCUGCGUUUAUUUAUUACCUUUAUUUAUUAAUUGGCAGCUGUGUUUCUCGCUCUUUGAACUUACAAUUGGUUGACCGAUGCUCUUGGGAAAGUUGCUGUACAACGGUUUGUGGUUUUUACUGUUAUGAUGGGACACAUUUUGGGGGGAUGAUUGGACUACUGUGCCUUUACCAAAUAGGAUGUGUACAAAAAAACGAAGCAUUUUAUUCUUUCAAAGCAUUUUCUACUACA